UCCUCCCAGGCCUAGGGCCACAACGCCUGGUAAAUAACGUCCGACGCUCAGCCUCUUUCCCAAAAGCCCAAUGUGGGAAGAACUAGCAGGGGGCGGGGAGCUGCAAAACGCGCACCGCUCACGUGGGCAUCUAGAGUCCAGCUCCCGAGACCUGGGACAGGGUCUCUCCCCACCCACCCAAACGACGCCCUCGGUCUGUUUCCGCGAGGAUCCGGAGAAGCUGACCCUCUCAGCGGGGGGUCUUCCCGGGGCACCUGGGCCAGGGCGGGCCCCCAGCGUCGUCCUCCCCCCCACACUCCCCUGCCCACACAUUCUGGAUCAAAGCAGACGCGCGGCUGGCGCUCUGCGAUCCAAGGCACACUGGGGUCUUUCAUCCGGUGUUUUUAAAAAGGAGGAAACAAAAGGCUCAGAGGCAGGGCCACAGGUGCGCUCGCCCGCGGGGCUGCGGCGCGGACGACCGAGGGGAACAGGCAAGUCCCCGCCGAACUUCGAGCGCCGGGCCCGGCAGCCACCCCGGCGGGCAAGUUUCGUUUGCGGGACAGGGGAAGCCGAAGCGGGGCCUCCUCGGGACAGGAUCCCGCGCCGCCCGGACGUGCAGCCUUCAUACAAACGUCCUCGGGUGGCCGAGGAGUCCAAGAACCGCCGCAGUUGUGGUCUCGGGGUUACCGGAGAUUGGGGGUGAGCGGAGCCCCGAGCACCACUCGGCCACCAGAUAGUGCCGGGGCCCCGCUCCUUUCCUCUUUUACAUUGAUUACGGUUGGAGAGGUUGGGUUUUGUGGUCGCAGGCCCACCUCCCCUGACCUCCCAUUCGCGGGCUGGGACAAAGGCGACUGCAGCCGAGUUCGGCAGGCAGAGGACAGCCCCGCGCUGGCCCGACGCCCCCUCUGACCACCCGCCCGGGCUCGCGGGAGGGGAGAAAGAAAACCACGACUUCCUGGAAAAGUCUUCCCCGUAAAUAUUAAUCUCUUUGGCAUAAAGAGGAAAACACUACAGCUAUCUUUUCAUGGGAUAACAUAAAAAUAUAGGUUCCAAUUUAUUUUAUCUUUUCCCUUUUGAUGCUCUUUUUAAACGAGGAGUAAAGAUUUCAACUCCAGGUCCAGUUUCCAGAUUUUGUACCAGAACCUUGCGGAUGCUUGUCUCUCGCGCCCUUCUCCGCAGACCCAACCCUCUCCGGAACUCAGAGCUGUUCACCCAAGUCAGCGGCGGAGGCCUCCUGGGACUUGAGCCUGAGGGUGGCAAAGAACCCUAGACAGAGAUCAGCUUGGUACCGAUGAGUGACGCGGAGCUUGAACAUUCCAGGGACUUGCUCCAGAGCCACUCCCAGUUAAGAGACUGAGUGUUAUCUACACCGUAGGCUCCACGAACCGAACCGGGUUUGGAUACAGACACAGCCACACCAUCCAUGAAAAGCUGUUUCUAUAAUAUGGAAAACUGUUAAAUGACGCUUUAGUAAAAGCCCAUUUAAAGAUCUUUCUAAUAAAUUUUUCAUCUUUCCAAACAA